ACAGACAGCGGGGAAGAAGAGAAGGACAGACAGACAAAGAGAAUAAACGUAUGGACAGACGGAGAGUGGAGGAUUUUCAGAACCAGUGAGCCUGACAAGAAAAGUGGACAACCACUGUGCCACUGAAAAGAGUGAGUGAAGGAGGGAGAGAAAAAGGGAGGGAGGAGGGCUGUGCAGACAGAAGAUGAGCGAGAGGUGAGAUGGAGGGAUCUGCAAAAGUUGAGGGACCAAAAUAGCUCAUGGACCGUGGACAGUUUUGUAACAGUCGUGUGAGAAUUGUGGAGACAAUAAAGCAUGUACUGUACCUGCAGUACAGAGUAGUGUAGGUUUUGGUUUGGCCACAUACAGUUCUAGAACAUGGAGCUACAAUUCUGUGAAAGAGGUGAACGAUUUUGAACUUUGAAGUUUUGGGAGGCAAGUACUGACGAAUGAGAAGGAUGAGAGAAAGACAGAUAGACUGAAAGAGAAAAAUUAAGAAGUGGUAGAAGUGAGACAAAAACAGAAACCAAGAGAGGGGGCCAAAGGGUAAGAGAGAGAGAGACACACACACACACACACACACACUGUACAGCGUGACGAACGGACAGAUGAGAGUGGAGUAGGGAGUGGAACAGAGGAAAGAGAGAGGGAUCAAGAGAGAGAGAAAGAGGGAGGGAGAAAGAGAGUGACAGACAGGGAGUAAGAGAGAAAAGGACGGGGCACUGUAAACUACAGGAAGCCACCGUGUCAAACAAACAGGGGACUAGAAGACCUCCAGUCCAGAACCAGCCACCAGCCUCCAGUCUCCAUUGACUUCAGGGAGUCGCAACGCCUGCUGGACAGCAUGUCGGCGAGCCCUGGGCCUCGUGACUCAGACCUACUGCUGUUGGAACUUCAGGCCCCAGGGCCGGUGGGACUGCAGACACUGUUGGACCUGCUAGUGGGGGUGUACCAAGAGUUCCGCUUCUCACCCCUUGCCAGGGAGAAGUACGUUGCGGGCUUCCUGCAGUGGGUGGAGCCCCUGGUGAGGCAGGUGAAGAAGACGCGCAUCAAGAGGGAUGACUUCCACAUCUUGAAGGUGAUUGGUCGAGGGACCUUCAGUGAGGUGGCUGUGGCGAGGAUGCGUAGCACACAGCAAGUGUACGCCCUGAAGAUUAUGAAUAAGUGGGACAUGCUGAAGCGAGGAGAGACAGCUUGUUACCAAGAGGAGAGAGAGGUUCUGCUGAAGGGCGAUCGACGCUGGAUCACUGAGCUGCACUACGCCUUCCAGGAUGACAAUUACCUGUACCUGGUGAUGGACUACUACGUGGGUGGUGACCUGUUGACCCUGCUCAGUAAGUUUGGUGACCGUAUCCCUGAGGACAUGGCGCAGUUCUACCUGGCUGAGAUGGUCAUGGCCAUUGACUCCAUCCACAGGAUGGGCUAUGUGCACAGGGACAUCAAACCUGACAACAUCCUGCUGACGGCAGAGGGCCACAUCAGGCUGGGGGACUUUGGUUCCUGUCUGAGGGUCCAGGAGGAUGGCAUGGUGCACUCGUCCUUGGCAGUAGGCACACCCGACUACCUGUCCCCAGAGAUCCUGCGUGCGGUGGAGGGAGGGGGAGGCUAUGGCCCUGAGUGUGACUGGUGGGCCCUGGGGGUCUGUGCCUACGAGAUGCUGCAGGGGACCACGCCCUUCUACGCAGAGUCCAUCUCGGAGACCUAUGUCAAGAUCAUGAACUUCCAGGAGCACUUUGAGUUCCCAAAGUCUGGCCCCGAGGUUUCAAACAUGGCCCGUUCCCUCAUCAUGGGGCUGAUCUGUGAGAGGGAGGAUCGUAUGGGGGCUGGGGGCUCUGGGGACUUCAGGGGCCACCCUUUCUUCUGUGGACUAGAUUGGGGCUCCCUGCAUGAACUUCCAGCACCCUUCGAACCUGAAGUCUCCAACGCCACUGACACCUCCAACUUUGAUGUGUUGGACGACUGCCUCAGUGAAAUGGAAACACUGAGUGACGUGAUGGACAGGGCCCCUAUCGGUGUUCACCUGGCUUUCGUUGGCUACUCCUACACAGCUACAAGACAGACAGGUGCCUUGGACCGCAGUUGUGACAUCAUGAUGGAGAUUGACCACCAGCGGCAUCAAGGGUUGCCAAGCCUCAAUUUCCAGGACAAGCUGAGUCAGAUGUGGCAGCUCAGAGACGCUCUGACAUCAACUGACAGCCUGCCUGCCCUUCUUGAGCUCCCCCUAGCCUUGGAGCAGGGUACUGCAGAGUCCACUCACACCACGAUAGAGGAGGACGAGGAGGAGACAGACCAGAAUUCAGGACUUGAUGAGGACCUGCACAGACGGCUACAUGAGGCAGAGAAGAGGAAUGGAGAUCUGGAGAAAGAGAUGGAGAGUCUAAGGGUGGAGAUCGGGGGCCUGAAGUCCUCCAAGGAGACAGAACUGCGUGUCUGCCCGUCGUCUCUUUCUCUGCCUGCCCACUGUCUGGACAAUACAAGUGCGGCAUGCUGUGCUGUGCUGUGCUGUGACUCGCACACAAAAAAAGGCUGCAUCUAUACCACGGCCUGCAAUCCUGUUCAGUGGCUGACUGUGAGUGUGUUUCAGGGAAAAAGAUCACCCCCUGCCUGUCACUACCCGCUGGUGAUCCCUCUCCACCGCCACCUGCUGCUCUUCCACAGGGUGCGCUGGCCACAGGAGAGGACUGAGUCCUACCUGCUAGUGUGUGCGGAGGGGGGAGAGCCCCAAGCCUGGGACAGACACUGCUGUGCUGAAAUCUCCUGAACCCCCCCAACCCCACCCUCACUAUAGUGGGGAAUGACAGACUUCUCUAUUCCACCGAGCAGUCCUAUUACAGUAUCUUGGAAUGAGAGAGUUUUGAGUAUGGUGGGUGGGUGGGUUCUAAAGACAAUGCUACUCAUGGCACUGAGCAGAGUACUGGGGCAUAAAUAAACUGAGAUCAAUGGGGACAGCAGAACUGGAAACUUGCAGGAAGUUGGACAGACAUGGGAAAGCUAAUGACUGUCACUAGAAGGAAUGAGGAGAUGUAAAUAAUCAAAUGAAGGACAUCUCCAAAACUACCAAUGGGACAGAGGUAAAAGUGAACACUGAAAACAAAGACACCAUAGAAAGAAGACAUUGCUGGUUUGAGUGACAGCCAGGGGGGCCAAUCAGCAUCCUCCAUAAGCCAACACUCUCCAGCCCACCUGGACAUUGAUGCAUUUUGCCCAAUAUUAGUGGCAUGACUUAUUAACAGCACCAUCUAAUGGUUAUUUACUGUUUGAGUUCUCCAUUGUACUUUGUAUCUAUGCUUCUAAGAGUGGAUUGUGUUGAGUCGUCUGAGAGAUAUUUGUUGCACUAGACUAGAGGCUCUGAUUUAAAGGCAUUUUAGAUAAGCCUGUUUGGAGUACAUAAAUCACCAGUACAGUACAAUAUUGAGCGAGCGCUGACUGAAGGUUAAGGAUAGAGUAACCUUGUCCCCAGGCUAUUGGGAACAGCGCAUAUAAGCCUGGGAUAUCAACGAGACUUAAACAUCACGAGACUUCCGGAAAUGCUUGCGAAAUAGACCAAACAGACCAGGCCGGGGGUUGGUGUUUGAGAAGAAAAUGAUUCCUUAGUUGUUCAUUUUCUCAAAAUCUAAAGGCACAACCUAGUUUCGAGCCAAUGUCUUAAGUAGUUGAACAUGUUACUAAUCCAACCUUGUGAAAUUGACAACUUAUAUUGAAGGGGUGGCUUUGAUUUGACAGCCUGCACAUGCAGUUCGGCCCGAGACGACCGUUAGAUCUGGGCUGCGGUCCAAACACUUAAAAGACAUACCCUCGUCCACUUGCCCUCGUCUUAAGCCCUUGGGGAAAUCCCCGUCGCCAUCUUGGAGGGUGGUCCAAAUGUUUAGCCAAGCAAGGGAAAUUUGCAACAUAAGCCCGCCAGCUCUCGUUUUAAGUCGGCUUUGCGAGUGUACAAUUAUGCUCACUCCAGGGCCUGAAACUCCCCAUAAUUCAAUUAUACACCCGCUAAGAAAAGUCAGCGAAAACUUAAACAACAUCAAUGGAGAAGUCAACAUAAAAGUGGAAGUAAAAACGAAUGCAAAUAAGUUAGAAAUUGUGCUACUAAUGCACUUUUGGAAAUUGUAGAAAUAAAACAUUCUCCUUCAGAAGUUCCAGCUAGACAGGCUAACGUUAGUUAGGUCAUUCAUUUGCUAGCUAUUAUACAGUAGGCGUAUAUUAAUAAUGAAUAUUUAAUAUACACUACCGUUGAAAAGUUUGCCGUCACUUGGAAAUGUCCUUGUUUUUGAAAGAAAAGCAAAAAAAAAUUGUCCAUUAAAACAUCAAAUUGUUCAGAAAUACAGUGUAGACAUUGUUAAUGUUGUAAAUGACUUGUUGCUGGAAACGACAGAUUUUUUAUGGAAUAUCUACAUAGGCGUACAGAGGCCCAUUAUCAGCAACCAUCACUCCUAUGUUCCAAUGGCACGUUGUGUUAGCUAAUCCCAGUUUGUCAUUUUAAAAGUCUAAUUGAUCAUUAGAAAACCCUUUUGCAAUUAUGUUAUCACAGCUGAAAACGGUUCUGAUUAAAGAAGCAAUACAACGGGCCUUCUUUAGACUAGUUGAGUAUCUGGAGCAUCAGAAUUUGUGGGUUCGAUUACAGCCUCAAAAUGGCCAGAAACAAAGACCUCUCUUCUGAAACUCUAUUCUUGUUCUGAGAAAUUAAGGCUAUUCCAUGCAAGAAAUUGCCAAGAAACUGAAGAUCUCAUACUGUGUACUACUCCCUUCACAGAACAGCGCAAACGGUCUCUAACCAGAAUAGAAAGAGGAGUGGGAGGCCCCGGUGCACAACUGAGCAAGAGGACAAGUACAUUAGAGUGUCUAGUUUGAAAAACAGACGCCUCACAAGUGCUCAACCGGUAGCUUCAUUAAAUUGUACCUGCAAAACACCAGUCUCAACGUCAACAGUGAAGAGGAGACUGGGAUGCUGGCCUUCUAGGCCAGCAUCCUAGAAGGCCAGUGUCUGUGAUCUUUUGCCCAUCUUAAUAUUUUCUUUUUAUUGGCCAGUCUGAGAUAUGGCUUUUUCUUUGCAACUCUGCCUUUUGGGUGGAAGUGCCUGGGAACGAGAUUAAGGAUAGAGAGAUCUGAGGCAUGUGUGUCUGUUAACGUUUUCUGGCGUUGUAAAGUUAGAAUUAGGUCUGGUCCAGGGUGUUACAUGCAGCUUGCUGACAGUGAGCCUUCCUACAAACAGGAAGGCUAAGCGCCAUAAUGACCUUGACCAGAGAUAGGUUACACUAUAUAUGAUGUGCACUAAGGAUAUAUGUUGGAGAGCUAUGGGACAUAAGUCCAGUAUAGCCAAGUAACCAACACAAGGCUAUUGGUUUGAAUCCCAAACUAUGUGUCCUGUGCUAGCUAUUAUGCUGUCAACAUGCUUUUGUAUAUACUCCUUGCUGUUUGGUAAGACAUUUUAAAUCAUAUAGGCCUAAAAUGUUCCUUUGGACAUUGAGGCAUGUAAGAGAAUUAUACUGGAUUUUGAGAGAAACCGUAUAGAGUACCACAGUAUGAGUCAUAAUACCCACAAAACCUAGCCGUCAAAUAGGGAAAUGGUUCCAAUCGUUUUUUCCACCAUUCAUUUUUCACGUAGGGGAUUUUAGAAACACUUAUAAUAAGGGCUGUGUUUUGUGCAGGCUUACCCUGGCGUGAUGUUUUGAUAGAUGUGUAAAUCUCUCUAGGACAAAGUGACUUAAAUCAAUAUAUUUACCUGUUUGACCUCUAGGGUUAUGGGUAUUAUGACACCUUCAUCGUGGGGCUGUAUACUACAAUAUAUGCACUGUGUACUGUAGGUUGCAAGGCCUUUUUGUAUUUGAGCAAUACUUGAGAUGUGCAUGAGGAAGAGCACGAUUGUCACUCACUGGGUACUAUAAAAUGUCAAACAUUUGUGACUUCAUUUUGUUUAAAAGAGGUGGUAUUAUACACGGAGUAUACAAAAGAUUAAGAACACCUGUACUUUCCAUGACAUAGACUGACCAGGUGAAUCCAGGUGAAGGCUAUGAUCCCUUAUUGAUGUAACUUGUUAAAUCCACUUCAAUCUGUGUAGAUGAAGGGGAGGAGACAGGUUAAAGAAGGAUUUUUAAACCUUGAGACAAUUGACACAUAGAUUGUGUAUGUGUGCCACUCGGAGGGUGAAUGGGCAAGACAAAGCAUUUAAGUGCUUUUGAACGGGGUAUGGUAGUAGCUGCCAAGCGUACCGAUUUAUGUCAAGAACUGAAACGCUGCUGGGUUUUUCAUGCUCAACAGUUUGCUGUGUGUUUCAAGAAUGGUCCACCACCCAAAAGGACAUCCAACAAACUUGACACAACUGUGGGAAGUAUUGGACUCAACAUGGGCCAGCAUCCCUGUGGACCGCUUUCGACACUUUGAAGAGUCCAUGCCGCAACGGAUUGCGGCUCUUCUGAGGGCAAAAGGGAGGGGGCGGGGUGCAACUCAGUAUUAGGAAGGUGUUCCUAAUGUUUGGUAUACUCAGUUUAUAUAUAUAUAUUGUAUUACUGAGAUGCCUUAACGUUUAAUUGCACAUAUUUAAUAAUAUUUUGGAAACCAUAGGAAUUAUACUAAUAAAAUCUUCAUUAUGGAUCUAU